AUGUCGCUGGCGACGUUACCGAUGCUAAGCGGCAAAGCGUAUGCCAUCUUCGAUCCAAAUCUGAUCCACGUCGUGCUACGGUCCAAGUCAGCGACCUUCGAGCCCUAUAUCUUCAGCCUUGUUCAGACGACAUUUGACCUUUCGGACGAGGCCUUCACGAAAGUCAUCGAGGACGAGAAGCUUCUGCCGGACUUGACAGACGCCUUUCACUUGGGAUUUCAGGUCAAGCCUCUACGCAAGAUGACGCGGCGCUUCUUGGCCACCAUAUCCAGCAAGUUGAACACGAUUGGCAGCGAUUCGCAAACAACGCAUGUCUUCAAUGCGGGACGAGAAAGAGCACUUCAAGGCGGACUUGAGGUGGAGAACCUGUACUUGUGGUGCAGAGAUUUGAUGACGGUUUCGACCACGAAAGCCCUCUAUGGAAACAGCGAUCCCUUCUCAAAAGAUUUGAGACUAAUUUCUGCCCUCUGGGAAUUCGAGAAUGCAAUCCCGUCGUUUCUCGUAUCGUCCUAUCCGUCAAUUACUAUGCCAAGGGGUUUUCGUGCGAGGCGGCUGUUGCAUCAAGUCAUGACCAAGUAUUACAGCGAGAAACGAGAUGUUGUUGAUCCCACAACUUCCCUGCUCAUAGCACAAAGGGCAGACACGCUUCGUCGACACGGCUUCAACGGAGAAGAGAUCGCCAAGAUGGAGACCAUACAGGCGGUCAUUGCGACGACCAAUGCCAUACCGACGUUUUUCUGGCUGCUCAUUUUCGUGCUGAGUCGGCCCGAACUGUUAACACAAAUGCGCACCGAAAUUGAAGGCGCGCUCAUCUUCGAGCCAGUAGCUGCGCAGGGUGAUUCACCAGACAACCACAAGGUCGCGACACUCGAUGUUUCUCGAUUCGAACAUCAACUACCCCUGAUGACUAGCUGCUAUCGGGAGACACUACGGUUGAUCAAUCACUCUGUCAGCAUGCGCCGUGUCACGUCUGACAUCUCCCUCACAGCAGCGGACGGGAAGACGUACGUGCUAAAGGAGGGCGUUGAUGUCCAAAUGCCGGCAGGUGUCACUCACGGAGACACGACCAUAUGGGGGCCGGACGCUGGGGAGUUCAGGGCAGAGCGAUUCCUCCCCGAAGCACGCGUCUCUGGGGCACAGACUCCACCAAGGGCAUCGCGAGCGGAGCGCAGUCGCAAAGCUGCUUUCUUCCCCUUUGGCGGUGGUAAACACCUCUGCCCGGGCAGAAACCUGGCUUUUGAGGAGAUUAUGGGAUUCAUGGCGCUGAUUUUAUUGCGCAUGGACUUGGAGCCGAUGGGGAUGAGGUUCGAGGACAUAAAGAUGGAGGGGGCACGGCUUACAGCACCAUCGUGCAAGCCGAUCAACAAUGGCGCGGGUCUCGGCGCUCGACUGAAGAAACGAGACGGCUGGGAAAAUACCACAAUUGCCAUUAAAUGCGGGUAG